GCGGCCAUGUAAACAAGUGAGAAAACGUUUGUUUACAAAGUGAUUGCUUGGUAACGAGAGUACUUUCAAAAAAACAUAUACAGAUGGAUAAUUAAACGACAAAUAAUCAUGCACCUUAACACCGAAAAGUUGAUAUUGAGUUUGAAGGCCCCUGUCGGCGUUGGAACCGUAAAAUUAGAAUGGCAAACACACGAUGGUACUCUCUGGGCAGCUACUGGCUCAAACCGCACCGUACAUAUAUAUGACCACUUUGGAAACCAAAAAUCUGUUAUCACAAUGCCUGGGUCCUGCACAGGAUUUGGCUGGGAUUGUGAGGGUGACUUCUUUGCAGCUAUUAAUGAUAGCAGCUCCUUUCUUUACAUGUGGAACUCAACUAGCCUUAAAACUGAGAAGAUUGAAACUGGUUUGAGAGAUCCACUCAGUUUCAUGGCCUGGGGCAAAAGUGGUCUUUUCCUAGCAAUUGGUACAUCAAAGGGAAAUGUUCUUUUAUACAAUCAAAGGGCUGGACGGAAAAUUCCAGUUCUAGGAAAACAUAGCAAGCGAAUUGUAACAGGAGCAUGGAGUUCAGACAAUCUCCUGGCUCUGGGAUCUGAAGAUAAAACUCUAUCAGUUAGUACCUUGGAAGGUGACACUGUCCACACAGCUAGCCUAAGAAAUGAGCCCUCUCAAAUCCAGUUUUCUGAAAUGAAAGAAGAUGAACGCUCAACAGCAGAGAGCACGAUCAGUGCUGUGGUGGGUCGUCGCACGUUAAUUCUAAUCAACAUUAAUAACGCAGAAAACCCGUUAGAAUUAGCUUUUCAGCAAAAUUAUGGUAACAUCACAACAUAUCGAUGGUUUGGUGACGGAUAUAUUCUGAUCGGUUUUUCCGGAGGAUACUGCAUCGCAAUUUCCACCCAUUUGAAGGAGAUAGGACAAGAACUCUUUCAGAUACGGAACCAUCGAGACAUGGUCUCAUCUAUAUCUAUCUGUCCGUCACUAAAUCGGGCUGCUUGUUCUGGUGAUAACAAUGCCAGAAUUUACGAUUUACUUGAUUUAAAAGAAACUGUGUCAGUCAUUUCUGUUGAAGAAGAGAAUCGAAUUGAUUGCUGUGCGUGGAGUAAUGACGGUCGUCUUCUGGCUAUCACAGGUAGUUCCGGUAACGUCUACAUCUACCUUACUCGUCUGAAUAUGCUAGCAUCAGUUUGGCAGCCUUUCGGCACUAUUGCUGUACUCACCAGUCUUAAAGAGGUGACUGUGUACGACGUUGCACUUAAUACCAUCUGCAAUGUGCAGUGUGAGUUGGAGCCUGUAUUUUUGGCCUGUGGUCCGAAAGCCAUUGUACUUGGUUUGAACAAUCACGUCUGGCUUUACUCUGCGGUCAAUGGUCAGUUACAACGGAAGUUGCAGUAUGCAGGCUCGGUCGAAUCGAUUUGUUUAAAUGAAACACACGUUGCGGCCUUGGUAGAUGGCAAAGUUCAUUUGCAGCUUAUAGAAGAAGCUUCUUUUUCGAGUGACGGAGGAAAUGGUCUGAUGGAUAGCGGUGUCUUUCCCUUGCGUGAAUCCUCUACAGCCAAAAUCGGGAGUCAUGCUUUGGCUAAGGAUUGUCUCGUCUACGUUACAAGCGUGGGCGAUUUGGUGUACUUUUCGCUGAGUGAGCGGAAACCUGUCAGUGAAUAUCGCCAUGCAGUUGGUUGGAAAAAGAUCUAUCAUGAUACAUCAGGAACACUUCUAGCCGCUGUGGAUAUAAAAAAUCACGGCUACCUUUACUCUCCGGUCAAGGAAAUUUUGUUAAGGAUUCCCGAUUUCCCAGUUCAUCAUCGUGGCUUACUUUGGGAGUCGGCAAGUCGGAUUAGUCACGUGUUUGUGGCUUGGAGUGACGAGAAGCUUGACGUCUUUGUCUAUCACGCCGAGAGACUUACUGGGAGUUGCAUCAUACGACUUUGUUCUUCACCUCUAGCAAGUGGCCAUACUCCUCUCCUACUUCAAGGACCAGAUCUUUUGUUACUUACCGCCUCCUCCAAGUUGACGACACUUUUCAUCCCCGAACUUGGGAUUGGCUCCAACGGCAAAUUGUCGUCGUUGUCCCGCAAUGAGUUAUUAAAUGCGUUGCAGUUCUCCUUGGCGAUGGGAAAAUAUGAAGAUGCGUGGGAUAUUGGAAUUCUACUGGCAGAUUCGAAUCAGUGGGUCAAAGCAGCUAAUGCAGCCCUUAACGAUUUUCGCCUAGAUUUUGCAAUUAGAAUCUACCGCCAUCUGGGCGAUAUAUCCCUGGUAUGGUCUUUGGAAGAAAUUCAGCAUGUUGAAGACCUUCAGUUGCUCUCUGGGCACAUUUAUAUGAUUUUGGGAAACUUAGAAAAAGCUCAAGAUUGUUAUUUGAAGUCUUCGCAGCCUGAGAUUGCCAUCGACAUGUACACCGAUGUUAUGGAAUGGGAGCAAGCCUUGCUUUUAGCUGAAAAACUAGCUCCGCACAAGAUCGGCGUAAUAGCUCGAGAAUAUGCUCAGCAGCUGGAACAAACGGGCGACUUCGUUCAUGCUCUCUUGUACUAUGAGCGUGCUAUGAGUGCAGGAGUUGAAAACGGGCCGGAUCAGACUGAACACCAACGUAUCUGCCAAUCGGGAAUUUCUCGAAGCGCUGUUGGAUCUGGCGAUAUUCGUAAAGGGAUUUCUCUUGCCGUUCAAUCCAACGAUCGUGUUCUAAUGAAACAGUGCGCCGCUAUACUGGAGGACAAUAAGUAUUUCUUGGAAGCAGCUGAACUGUAUGAGACUGCUGGCAACAAAGACCAGGCUGCUUUACUGUAUACUCGUUUGAAAAAUUGGUCUCAAGUGAGCAAGCUCAUUCAAUAUGUGACGCAACCUAAAGUUCACAUCGCCUAUGCAAAGGCCAAGGAGUCGCAAGGGCAGUAUAAAGAAGCGCUUAGUUCAUACGAGCUGGCAGGUGAUUUUGAAAGUGCAAUCUUACUUUGUCUUAAUCAACUACAUAGUCCACAAGAUGCUGUGCGAAUUGCACGAAGAUCCAAAAGCACAGAGGGAGCCAAAUUGAUUGGAAAGUUCUUUAUGGAACUGGGUGACUAUACCACAGCUUUAGAAUACCUAGUUAUGUCAAAGAACUACGAAACGGCAUUUGAAGUUGCCCGUCAAAACGGUCAGAUUCAACUUUUUGCCGACAUUCUGGGAGAUCAGGCGUCACGGGAGGACCUCAACAAAAUUGCUUUGCACUAUGAACAAGAACGUAAUUUCUUGCUCGCUGGAAAGUAUUAUGCUUUGGCUGGUCAGAAUGAAAAGGCGUUCAAGUAUUUCCUCAAAGGCGCUCAACACGGCAGCGAUGAUGAGAAAGCCAUUAACGCGGCCAUCCACAUUGUUUCAACUUCACAGGAUGAUCACUUGGCUACCCAGUUGAUUGGAUUUUUAAAUGGAGAACAGGAUAACAUUCCAAAAGAUGGAAAAUAUCUAUUCCGUCUAUAUCUGGCUCGUCGUCAGUAUAGAGAGGCUACUAAAACUGCCAUAAUUAUUGCAACUGAGGAACAAAAUGCCGGGAACUACAAAGACGCUCAUAGUCUUUUACAGCACAUGUACAAAGAAUUGAGUAGUCAUGAUAUCAUCAUUCCGCUGGAAAUGGAGUACAACUUGCAACUGUUACAUUCGUACGUCAUCGUGCGGAUGCACAUUCGCCGAGGACAACAUCUCAAUGCCUCCCGUUUACUUAUUCGAGUGGCCGAGUGCAUCUCCAAAUUCCCCUCGCAUGUUGUGCCCAUUCUCACCUCAACUGUCAUCGAGUGCGAUCGGGCGGGGCUGAAGAACGCAGCAUUUCAGUAUGCGGCCACUUUAAUGAGACCGGAAUACCGCGACCAACUUGACGUCAAGUACAAGAAAAAGAUUGAAAGCACUGUCCGUCGCCCACCCAAAGGCUCAACCGAUCCGGAAGAUGACUUGACCCCGUGUCCGUUCUGUAGCACAGCCAUUCCGUCGACGCUGCUAGUGUGCAUUCAGUGCAAACAGCAUAUCCCCAUGUGCAUCGUUACGGGCAUGCACGUGAUCAAAGAAGAUCUAACUCGCUGUCCUAGUUGCCAAUUCAUGGCCAUCCGUUCGGAAUUCAUGAAGCUUGUUGAUGGUGGGGAGCCUUGCCCAAUGUGUAACAAUAAGAUUUCUGGUAAUGGAGCGCUUGCCGUAUGGACCGAACCUUUAAAACCAAAAAGCAAUUGAUCUCAUUUAAUUACCUGUCUCUUUGUGUUCAUUUUCUCUACGCGGCCCCACUCUUUGAAAGCCCCCUUCAUGUUUUUGGGAUGUUCUCAUCUUCUUGCAGCAUAUCAUCACGCGUCUUUUUCUGGCCAGGGUUUUCAAUCGUGUUCUCAUGUGCUCUUUUAUUUAAUGCUCUUUCAUAGCAUUUGAGGGUAGUUGUGUCACCUUUUACAAAUUAUUUUCUAUUGCCUUAAUAUUUUCUUUUAAUCCGUCCAUUCUCAAAAGUCUUUUGAUUUUUGUGUCGUCAGUUUUAUUUUCCCCCCGUAUCUAGUCAUUGUUUCACUGCCUGUUUAAUUUCGGUUGUUUGUUUGUAUUCGGUUCUUAUCAAUAACCCGUCGCUCCAAGCGAUUUUUCAAUCCAUCUCCGUCCGAUUGAAUACCAAACUCGUUUGUUGACAAUGGCCUUACACGUUGCAUGUGGUUGCACUGGCUCUUUUGCAUGACUCAUAGUAUAGUCUAUAAUUUCAACACAUUUGAUAAAGUUUUUGUGUGUAUGUGUGGUUGUGUUUGCCGCACGUGGAAGCAAAUAGCUGUCCUGCCUUGCCAACCCGAUUAACAAAAUUUUAAACCAUUGAGAUCUAAUUGAAAUAAAUCCAAUGUAUAACACGAUUCUAAUUAAUAAAAUCAUUCUUUGUUUAAACCAA